AUGAGACUUCCCGAGCCAAAUGGGCAAAUUACCGUCAUCCACGGCAGGCGAAUCGUGCCGCGCCGUGGUGGUGCCGAAGCGGACGGCCUCCAGACGCCUUCUCCGCCGCCGCCGCCGCCGCCGCCGCCGCCGCCGCACCCUGCUUGGGACGUACCCCAAGGAUCGGAAGGAGGCCGGGCCAGCGCUGAUCUUAAUCGUCCCCCGAUAUCACAAACGCAAAACCGCAAAUUGCUGGUCCGGCGUCACGUCCCGUCCCAGGCCUCCGUCCCAGGACACGGCACUCCGUUUCCGUCGUCGACCCGUAACAGGACACAAGAGGCUAAAAACCUUUCUGUAAAUGUCGCUGGAAUUUUCAUCUCUGACAACACCAGGGUACACACAGCUGUGCGGGAUCCUGCGCUUGUGGCUGCGGCCGCUCGGGGAUCGGCUGUGGGGGCCGGCGAGCUGCGUCCGGGGUAUAAGUCAAGCAUCUGCCCAGUGGCCGUCCCCGCACAGGAGCACCAAGCCCCACGGCGCCCACCCAGAGCACAAAGAGAGCCGCCCCGACAGACAGACCGCCCGCCGCACGCCCCGCCCCCCGUGGCACGGCCGGGCGGCGGCGGGCGCGGAAGGGCGGUCGUUCCGAGGCGGGUUCAUGAACUGGAUCCGCAGGAGUGCAGGCGCCACCGGCCUGCCUCGAGACGGCGCAGGUCGAGGAACUCCGAGGAACUCCGCGUCCCCGGCGGCCGGAAGGGGCGCUCGGCCUCCGACGCGGCCGCCGUCCGAGCGCAGGCCGGCCACGCCACCUUCUGCAGCGCCUCCACUUGCCCUGCCUCAUCCACCUCAUCUGCGUCCUCCACUUCCUCUGUCCCCUGCACCAUCUCAAACUUUCCAAGACACUUUAUCUACUCCGCUGGAGGAAUCAAUUAA